GGCCAACCCAGCGUCUCCUGUCCUCAAUUCCUUCCCUUUUGAAAGUCCCUCAUUACCCAAUCUUGCUGUCUUUUGAGCUGUACUUCUCCUCUAGACCCCUACUCGCUUCGACCUAUCCAAGGAAACGACUUUACGACGAGGCUCAGUAACUUAAUUCGCAGGUUCUAUAGGCAUGGUAUGGCCGAACCGACAAACAACAAUAGCAACAGUACACAAGACAGAACAAUAAUUACGCGUCCAGGACUAAGCAUGAACGACAGACAGAACACAGAGUAUCCCUCUGAUCUCAACCACACAGAAGAGUCGGACUUUGACGAAGAGGCCGAGGAGUACUACGAGUCCGACGAGUCAGCAAACCUGACCUGGAUCUCGUGGUUCUGCUCGCUCAAGGGGCACGAGUAUUUCUGCGAGAUCCCCGAGGAGUAUAUCGAAGACGAAUUCAAUCUGACUGGGCUGAGCCAGACCGUGAACUACUAUGUUGAGGCGCUGGACAUGAUUCUCGACAUUGAGGACGACAGCGAGGAGCCGCUUGAUGCGGACGAGAUCGAGGCCAUUGACAACUCGUCGGAGAUCCUGUAUGGCCUUAUCCACGCGCGCUACAUUAUCACGCGCGGUGGUCUCCAGCAGAUGGCCGACAAGUACGAGAACGGCGAUUUUGGCUCGUGCCCACGCUACGCCUGCGAUGGCACAUUCCUAGGCUCCAUGCGGUCGGCUAGACAUCCCGGAGCGCGAGUCGGUGAAGCUGUUUUGCCCGAGCUGCCUCGACAUCUACAACCCGCCCAGCACGCGCUACAGCAAGAUCGACGGUGCGUAUUUUGGCACGACGUUUGCGCAUCUGUUCUUCCAGGCCGGAGUAAGUCUGGCCCGCGUAUGCAGUGGCUGCGCAUGCGGCCCGAGAACAUUGACGAGGAACUAGACGAAGAUAUCGACGACGAGGAAAACAACAGCACUGACUCGCAGAGCUACGUUCGAGGCACGUGCGCCGCUGAUGAGCAAGCUGCCGCUCGGCAGCCCGGAGACGACAGUGCAGAGUACGCCCACAAGGACGAGCCCAGCAUUGGACGCGGGAAAUCGAGCAUAUGGACCGGGGCAUCGACGCCUGCGGGCUGUGCAACCAAGAACGACGACCAGGACAUGGCCAGCGUCACCAACUCGCCCAAGCAAUCCCGGCCCAGGCUGCCAGCAGACGAUGGCCGGCGGAGGACCCCUGCUAAUGCUAAUGUCGACUAGCUCGCUUCUAUUUAUGUCCUCCUCCAUUACAGCCUGCCUUACAUAUUUCUCCAUGUCUUUUGUCUUGAUCAGAGGCUGUCUUGCAUCGUG